ACAUGAGGUCGAGGCCACGCGUGGUAAGUUCACAAACAAAAUGGCGACUAGUAGCGAUAGCGUUGAACUCGAAUUUUGGCACAAAAAUAUAACAAAAAUACCCAAAGUUACAAACUCUUUUGUUGAGGAUUUUGCUGAGAAGAACCUACCGAUCAAAGCCACUGUAACAAGAGGAUAUAAAUUCUUUCACGAAGAAUAUAUUCACGAUAUUGAAGUAAAACUUUGCAAGGAAGAGGAUUCAGGAGUAGUGGCUCGGGCUAAAUGCUUCAGAAGUAUGAAAAAGAACGAAGAUCCUCACAAGUUGUCUGUUGUGUUCGAGAGCUCCUCUAUUGAGGCUAGCAUCAACAAGUAUAUGUGUAGUUGUGCUGCUGGACAAGGUCUUUGCCAUCAUGUUCUUGGAUUGCUCUAUACUCUUGCCCAUUUCCAGCUAUUAGGCUUAAAAAGUGUCCCGCCAAUGGUUUCUAAAACAUCAAAGGCACAGAGAUGGCAUAUCCCCAGUCGUAAAGAGGGCAUUAAAGCAAGGCCAGUGACAGAUUUGAUUAUACAAAAGUCAAAGCCAAAAGAUAAAUUGCAUGAACCUAAAAAGAAGAGAAAGGUGUGUGGUGUGGCAAGCACGAUCUACAAACCCUUCCAGCAAUCAUUAAGUAGCCUUGACUUGACUAGUGUGCUGUCGCCACAGUUUGAAAAUCUCAACAAUCAACCUGGAUUUAUGAGAAUAUGGGAAGAUGAACAAAGUGAGCCUCCAAUUUUAGUAGACUCGGCCUUUGGAAAGGUGCCAAAAGGCUGUGUCAUAAGCUAUCAACAGCCAUUGAAAGUUAAGAGCAAUAUUAACAUACAGCUACCUGCAUUCAACUUUCCAUCUUUAAGCUAUCCAGAUACAGUGCUCAAUGAAAAACAAGACCUUUUCUUCAGCUCCCUUGCAAUAUCAGGUCAACAGUCUAUUGACUUUGAA